AUGUCGGCAAAGCCUUGGUUGUUUGCCAACAUUCGUGUGCGGGUUGUGAGCAAAAGCUUUAAACGUGGACAAUUCUACCUCAUGAAGGGAGUCGUUGUGGACGUUUUGACCCCAACCGAGUGCAUGCUACAACUAGAAGAAAACGGAACUACGAUCGAAGUUAGUCAAAGCGCGCUGGAGACGGUUGUACCGAAGCCCGGUGGGCGCAUUUGUGUCGUCUCAGGAAAGUUCCGCGGCAGGCGCGGCAAGCUCCUCGAGAAGAAUAAGUCAACUGACACGGCAUCUAUCCAGCUAAGCGAUGAUUUUGAAGCGCACAUGCUUCCCUUGGACGCCAUCGCGGAGUACUCGGGGGCAUUAGACGAGGAAGAUUAG